AUGCAGCCUGGCUGGUUCACCGCUGCAGUCGUUGUCUUGCUAGGACCGGCGCAGGUCUUGGCUGGCAAUGUCCUCAAGACCAACGGAUAUUCUCUGUGCUCAACAAACGCAACCAUCAGAGUAAACAACUUCAACGUCGAAUAUGAUCAGAACAGCAAUAAUGUUGUUUUCGACGUUUCCGGCACCAGUGACAAGGUCCAGAAUGUGACCGUCUCACUGGUUGUAUCUGCCUACGGAAAGCAGGUUUAUGAAAAGGAUUUCAACCCGUGCGAUGCAGGUUCCGCAGUUCCAGAACUCUGUCCAGUGCCAGCACGAGCCUUCUCCGCCAGCGGUAACAUGACGAUUCCUAGCCAAUAUGCCGACAUGAUCCCAUCGAUAGCGUUCAACGUGCCGGAUCUGGAAGGAAGGGCAAGGUUGGAGCUCAAGGCCGCCGAUACUGGCGAUGAGGUUGCCUGUAUCGAGUCCGAGGUCACCAACGGCAAGACCCUUCAGAUUCCUGCUAUCUCCUACGUGGCGGCCGGUAUCGUCGCUGCCUCGUUGGCUCUGAGCGGCCUUACUGCGCUGGGGACCGCCGGUCAACCCGGUGCAGCCACACCAAGCCCCAGCUUUGGCGAGGUUAUUGGCUGGUUCCAAACCCUCGCCACAAGCGGUGCGCUCAGUGUACAAUAUCCCUCUGCCUAUCGUACUUUUACCUCCAACUUUGCCUUUGCCGGAGGUCUUAUUCCAUGGACUCAGAUGCAGAACUCGAUCGACAACUUCCGUAACGUGACGGGCGGCAACGUCACCGAAAACAACUACCAAUUUCUUAGGAAUGCCACUCUGACGUUCAGCGAUGGCUCAACAAAUUCAAGCCUCGCGAAACGGGCCCUUUCCAAUAUCCUGGCGCGAUCCGCAUUGUUUAUCCGAGACGUCUCAACCUCGGACAACGUUACAACCAAUUCAUCCGCCUCCAGUGGCAUCGUUGCCGAACUCAAGGGUAUACAAGCUUGGUCUGAACAACUCUAUAUUCCGUCAUCAAACAUCUUCAUGACUGUGCUGUUGUUCUUUGCCAUUGUAAUUGCUGCUAUUGCUGUCGGCAUCUUGCUCGUGAAAGUUGUUCUCGAAGCCUGGGCAUUGUAUGGCUCAUUCCCACAGAGUCUGGUCGAUUUUCGAAAGCAUUACUGGGGACUCCUCGGCCGAACCAUUACCAACUUGGUUCUUAUCGUCUACGGCAUCUGGGUACUUUAUUGUGUAUAUCAAUUCACGCGUGGCGAUUCGUGGGCUGCCAAACUAUUGGCAGGUGUGACUUUGGCUGCAUUCACGGCUCUACUGGCUGCGUUUUCUGUCCGCAUUUGGCUCCUUGCUCGUCGGUACAAAAAGUCUCAGGGUGACAACUCUGUCAUGUACGAAGACGAGGAAAUCUGGAGACGCUACAGUCUGUUCUAUGACAGUUACAAGCGAUCCUACUGGUGGAUCUUCAUUCCUGCCAUUCUGUAUUCAUUUAUCAAGGGAUGCAUCAUUGCUGGUGGCGACGGCCAUGGCCUCUUCCAGACUGGUGGACAACUGAUUGUUGAAGCUUUGAUGCUGAUUCUAUUGCUUUGGAGCCGACCAUAUGUGGCCAAGUCGGGUCAAUGGAUCAACAUCACCAUACAAGUAGUCCGUGUACUUUCAGUGGCGUGCAUCUUGGUCUUCGUCGAGGAACUCGGCAUUGCACAGACAACCAAGACCAUUACCGGCGUCGUUCUCAUCGCUGUGCAGUCCACGCUUACCGUUGUACUGGCAAUUCUUAUUGGUGUCAACGCUCUCAUUGCUUGUAUCAGAAAGAAUCCUCACAUCCGGUUACGUGAACGUAAAGGGGAUGCAGAGGAUAAGGACAACUUGACAGCAUUGGAUGCACGAAACUCUCUCCUCUUUGACGGUCGAUCUCGAGCAGACGUGUAUGAGGAGAGCAAGUACAACAUGACCGGUCCAUACGAACCAUAUCGAGACAUGCCCACAAAAGGUUCCACUCAUGCCCGCGACAGGAGUACGGAUGGCCUGAUCAGUAACGAAUCAUACUAUCGCGGUCACCAAAAGGAACAACGAACACAUCUUGGGGCCCUCAUCCGGGAUCGCAGCCCCAGUCCGGAGGAUCUGCGUGAACAAAAGCCCCGUGAUUUUGGAGUUACAUUCUAA